AUGUCCGAGACAAUCAUUCUCACUCCACUACCCUUGGCAACGGGGACACCACCGCCCGGUUGGGUGGAGGAGAAUGGUAGAUUCAUUCCCUUUUGGUACAGCAGGAUUGGCGUCAUCGUAAAGUGGUCUCUGUUCCUGGGCAUAUUCGGCCUCCUCGGCCUAUACCUGGGCUUUGGCUAUAUGCACGCUAAGAGCCGCCUGAAGAAGGGCCGCUUGCCCAUAAAGGGAACGAGAUGGCUGUGUAGUCGAGCACAGCUGGCGAGGGUGGACCCCAAGUACUCGGUCGCCGCCCAGACCCAGGGCUACUACACGUACCGGCCAGAGCAGUACAACAUGCAGCCCAACAUGCCGCCCCCGCCCCCGAUGUACGACCCCAGCGCCCCGAGGCCUCCCAUGUACGAAGGACCACAGGGCGGCAGCAAAGUCGACCCGAGCCAGGCCCCCGCCCCUCCUCCUCCCGCCGCCGCCCCUCCAUACUCGGGUCAGCAGCAGCAGUCUGGCGUUUCGCCUGCGGUGCCGGUUGCAACCAAUCUCACGGGGAGCAACAAUCCGUACAUUAACCGGACAUGA